AUGAGUGGUCUAGUCCCAUCCCCUUCACGUUAUGAGACACUUUGCGCACUUCAAGUUAAUAACAGCCUAGUCCCAUCAGACACUCAGCCUACCAAGCCACCUUCUCACCCAACUGCUCCCUCUUCUGACCCUCUUAUCCGGCCCCCUCCUCCCCCUGCCAUCCCUCUCCUCCCCCUGCCAUCCCUCUCCUCCCCCUGCCAUCCCUCUCCUCACCUGCCAUCCCUCUCCUCACCUGCCAUCCCUCUCCUCACCUGCCAUCCUUCUCCUCACCUGCCAUCCCUCUCCUCACCUGCCAUCCCUCUCCUCACCUGCCAUCCCUCUCCUCACCUGCCACGCCACGCGCCUCACAGCUCUCUCCUCAUGCCUCUCCCUUCCCUCGUGUCCCCAAAGCACUUCACCACCACUUCUGCCCUUCUCAUCUCACCCAACUGCUCUCUCAUUCACCCCUUCUAA